AUGUCGUCUAUCAAUGCUGAGAUCUCCAAUGCGGUAUCAGAGAUUGCCACCCGCAACAUGACUCAAUCUCCGCUUCUUCGUCUCCCUGGCGAGCUUCGCAACAAGAUCUUCGCUUACGCCGUGGGAGGCCACAUCAUCACUGUCAAUCUGGUCCCUCUGGCCGCUAUAUACGAAUCAAGCGAUGAUGAAGAUGAAGAUGAAGAUGAAGAUAAAGACGAAGAUGAAGAUGACUAUGAGGAUGAGGAUAAAUGGACUCGAUCUGAAGACUACUCCUACGAACAGCUUGAGUUUCGUCUCGCCACCGCCGCUCAGCCGAAGCCCUCCAAAGAACUGCUUACUCGUGGCUACCACAGUCGCUACCACAUUGACAGCGGUGUUUCAUUGGACGGAUUUCUCAAAGGCAAUGCUUCCACCCGCGUUUCUAACAUCUUUACCGUCAGUCGUGUAUGUCGCCAGAUCUAUACAGAGACAGCACUGCUCCAGUACAAGACCAACUACUUCCACUUCGACGUCCCUGCUCUUACGGAGCUCUUCGUCAAGCAACUCACCUCCGACCAACUCCACGCUAUCCCCGCUAUCUCCAUCGGCGAUGGAUAUCGAAGCCAGGAAUGGUUCGGCUCUGUGUGCUCCAUUACACCAGAACUAUGCCGACUGUUUCGAGGACUCAGAAAGGUCUGCUUGGUACCAGAGAUUCUGGAGUGGACUGACGCUCCCACGCCUCGCGAGAAGCUCGUCAAGGUAGCGAGGAACCUGCGUCUUGAUAUUAAGGAGAAUGUGGGUCUCUGGGUUGGCCUCUUCGAUAUCUUCGAUGAGACCGCCGUUUUACAGGAUGCCGUUGGUUUCACCAUCAAGUUUGCCGCUGGUGAAGCACAAGAGUCUACAUCCUGA